UAGCGACUAUGGCGCUGGUGCCUGCGAUGGAGCAGGGCCAGGGUGGCCAAAUCCGAGAGAUUCGGUGCGACGACCGACGGGAUUGCUUCCGUCACAUCAAGGAUAGGCUCGGGACAAACUGGAGCGACGUGGAGAUGCUUAAGUGGGUCAACGACAACUUUCGUGUGAGCGCGAACCACACCAUCAAGCCGACUACCAAGGCCGGCAUGUUCGCGCUCGCGAGGCACGCCGAGAAUUGCCUCAGGGGCGACAAGGGCUCAGUCGAGAGGAAGCGAACGUCGGUCGAAACCUUUGGACUUCGGCUCGAUUGGCGAUCGGCACCUGUGCUGGUUCAGCAUGCCGACGGGGCCAAAGACGAUGAGUUCCAGACGUUGUCGUGGGGCACCCUCUUCGAGGGGCUCAACGAGGCUAUGAAAGCUGAUGCGGGCAAACAGAACCGACUAGUGCAAGCCUCGCUUUUGAUGGAUAUCCCUGGCUGCACACUGUACCUUCGGAGUCUCCCGAGGGACUGUGCCAAGUUCCUAGUACAUUGGUACAACAAGGGCAACGACGAUAUCACAUCGACCACCCCCUUGCAGAUCUUGGACGGCUGCGCGGUGUACGAGGCAGCUUGGGUCCGCCACAGAGACGGCAAGCAUAUCACGAAGGAUUCCCACACCCAGAAGCAGAUCGACGAGGAGAAGCUGCAGCUGGUCAACAACAUGUCCGAGAACUACGAGUGGGCCAGGUACCCUGAGUACGAGCGUUGCAGCACCUUCUACAAGGAUGCGAACACUAUUAAGAUCGAGUCUGGGCGGCAUGCAGGGUCCACCAUCUGGGAGGCCAUCUCACAGCGAUACAAAGAUGAGGUUGAUGGUGCAGCCCUGGUCCCAGCGAACUACAAGUUCUGGUUCAAGCUGGUCGCAGACGCCAUGAGGAUUCUCAAGCGUGAUGCCCCCGAGGCUAUCGUCGAGAUAGCCAUGUUGGGAUCCCCUCGUGAUGGCAAGUUCAAGUUCGUGAGCACCUUCAUCCCCGAUGGCAUCCCAGUUUUGCGAAGCGACGAGGUGCAGGAAAACAACAUCAAGGAGCUUAUCAGGGACAUGUCGGGGACGAAGACAAUGGACAGCAUCGAGAAGGGCAACUGUGGCACGGCCGCGGCCAAGACUCCGAAGACGAAACUCGUCCCGAUGAAGAAGGCGAAGGCGGCGAGAGGCAAGUCGGCCCUCGGACGCGACCCGAACAACAGCGAGCAUAAUGCGAUCACGUUCAGCGACAGCGACAAGAAGAUGUUCUGGAAGGUGCUGGAGAAGCAGAAGCUCGGCUUCAACGCUUUGGAAAGGUCGGCACCUGAGCCUGGGGACAUGGCAGAUUGCUUCUUUCGCGCAGUAAUCUAUUCCACUCUCGCCUACAAGAAGAAGGAACUGGUCUACUGCAUUGCUGGCAGGCGCAAGAAGAGCAACAGCAUCGUGGUCACUCGCCAGCUCUUCACCCUGUAUAUCUGCAAGAAGAGGAGGCUCCAGCCCAGGAUCUCGGACGAGGACUUCCCAAUGGGCGACCUCGAUGCAGUGGAGAACGAGUUGUUCAAGCAGGGCGAUGGCAAGAUCGAGCCCAAGUCCAUCGCCGACUCCUAUGUUCGCGAUUUGGAGGAUACGAAUUGCACCAGCUGCAAGGAGCUCCUGAAGUACAUCGACGGCAACAAGGUGUUCGAGCGGCCUCCGAAUGCGAAUCGAGCCAUAGUGGAGGCCAGCUUGACUUUGACAAACAAGCUCUUCACCGCGUGCGAGGCGAAGGCGAGUCCCUGGACGAGCCAGAAGGAGUGCUUCGAGGCGCUGGUUCGAUUCACUUGCGAUGUCCACCAGGACAUAUUCAGCGAUUCGUUCGGCUCGGCCAUGGAUUUCAUCGACGUGGUUCGCAAGCACUCGAAGCAGGGUGUGCUGACGACUACUGAUGCGAAGAAGUUGACAGAAGAAGUUACGAGGGACACCUUCAACGCCAUGAGGCUCCAAGCUUUCCUGCACCUGAUCAGUAUCUACAGUGUUCAAAUGACUGCUGUGAGCCAGGGGCCGACUGUGGAACACAUGCCGUACAUCCCGCCCUUGGUCGCCACGUUCAUCCAGUCGCUGCUGGUUCUCAUCAACAAGAGCAUCGUCGACAAAACAUGCCACGCCGAGGGUGGCAUGCCUCGCGAGAUUCGCCAGCUCACCAAUGCCAUGGCGAGCAAGGAGAGCUUCAAGGGCGCCAUGGCCGACUUCAUGGGCGAGGCUUUCAGUCAGCACGACUACUGCCUGAAGCACGAUGGCCAGCGCUACCAGUCCAUGUCGGAGCAGUUCAAGGCGAGCCUCGUGACAGGGGGGCCUGCCAGCAUCAAUUGGAAGACGGCCUUGCAGAAAGUUGGCAUGUCCACCGCUGUCUUGCCUAAAGACACCGAGCUGCAGAAGGCCGACGUGUUCCCCGCCGUGAAGAACGCCACGAUCGACAUGCUGAUGACCGAGUUUGGUAAAACGUACUCCUCCCAGAAGAGUGCCUGGCAGAUCCUGCAGCAGCCGAUGGAGAGCGUGGUCGCAGCAUGGAGCUCCAAGCACGUGGACACGGGGACUGCGAUCGUCAGCGCCGAUGAGGACGCAAAUCGGCAGCAGGAGCAGCCGCCUCGCGAGGAGACUGGGCCUUGUCGAUACACCGCGUCUACUUGGAGGCUCGAGAGAGAGGAUAAUGGCUUCAGCGAGGCAGAGAUCAAGGAGGUCAUCUCCAAGCUGAAUAUCCACUUCUCGGGGCUAGUGUUCGAUGCCUAUGGCGGUGCAGUGGCUUGCAACAUCGUCGCGAAGAAGGCCGACGCAUCUUCAACAGUUGUGCAGAGGCCGAGUUUCAUCAGGGAGGGGUCUGGUGGCUGCUCCCUGCCUUUCUGGGGCAAAGUUGUCACAGAGACAACAGCCAGGAGGCUGACGCGAUCUACGACAUUCUCAUUGGGCGAUGGCGAGAGGGGCUUGAGGUUGUACCUGGACGGCUCGGGCGAGACUGGAUUGAACUCGAAGUGUUGCGUGCCCUACCUCGUCGCCAUCAUGGCCAAGGAGAAGGACGUGACCGAGGCGGAUGAGCAGCAGCAGCAGGCCAAGAAGAAGGCCAAGACCGCCAGGGUCGUGGCAACGCACGAGGUGGUCCACAAGACGGUGAUCAUCACUACGAGGAGCGCGGGCGAGUUCAAGUACCAGGUGCCGAUCCUGGUCGACGCCACCGACUUCGACGAGCAGGCCUUCCACGCGGCGAACAAGGGCGCCUGCUACAGGAAGCGCACCUCCUUCGACGACUUCCAGUUCGCUGCGGAGUCGAAGCAGGCCUCCAGGGCCACGCAUUCGUUCCUCGGCUGA